AUAAUAGUGCUACCAGGCGCCAAACUCGAAACCUACCAUGGUGUACUCGAAAGCUCUUUUUAUUAUUAUUUUUUUAUGGCUACGGUGUUUAUAAAUCCUCCACCUGUCGGCGGUCGAGACAUUCAAGGGGGAAAUGGCAUAGAACGGCGCACCUGCCCCAAACUACGAAUAGGCAGGGAAAGGAGGGGACAGAAGAACGCUCAAGUACGGAAAACAUCAAGGACGUUUUUUGAGUAGUGCGAAAACUGAAACUACUACGGACUCGAACAACCAUCCAGGUAGUAGGUCCUCAAUCCCGAUAAACUGCCACGAUGCUCCUUCCCAAGACAUGCCUCAACCCCGACAUCAUCAUAACGCCCCUAACACACAUGCUCCCGAUUGGAGAACGUACCCGCCAGAGGUUGUUCCAAGGUUUGAUCUUGAGAACUCUACGACAAUGUCCGAGGAAAAGUUUGUAGAUCUCGAAGUGCUUACCAACAAGCAUAUUACGCACUCCAUAGCCCUUAGGGAGUGGAUGAAACAGAAAAGCCAGGAAUUAAAUUCAAUUAGUGGCGGUAUGGAACAACACCAUGAGAAUAUCAAGGACGAAAAAGUAUCGACUGCCGACACUUCGGGCAAUGCCGAGAGAAGGAAAGAAGCCAUGCGCGAGAUCCAAGAAACGUACGCUGCUUUCGUGGACAUGGAUACCAUCGGAGCUCACGUAUCUGCCCGCCGUCAAGCGUCAGAAGCCUUGCAGCGACAACGAAAACUUCCCUUGUCAGAAACUAAGCGGCUUUUGGGAUCGGACGGAUCGUCAUCCUGCUACUCAGGCCCGCUCAAAGAGAAACACCUAUACUUAGUCGGCUCGCCUCCGAAAAUCGUCAGACUUCCUUUCGACCAAGCCGUAAAUGCUGGCCUCGAAGAUAUCCACGCUCCCGGAGGAUACGCAUUUCCAUCUUCUUUGCCUGAUACACCCCAAACACAGCAGCCCCCUCUUCCUCCUCCUCCUUCUUCUCCUCCACAAGCAUCUGUAUCGGAGCAGCAGCAGCAGCAGCCCCCUUUCCUCAUCGAGCCGUCCACGAAUCGAAGCCACACCACCACCCUCCAUAUUCCGGAGUGGUUCGACCACUUCACCAUGCCUCUUAAGGGUCAGGAUCGCGAGGCCAAGUGGAACGACCUGACGAACCGCAUAUACACCCUGGAAACGAAAAUCCGAUAUAGCACCGACGACGAGGUUUCGGGGACGAGGGGGUCGGCGGCCUGGGAUAAAAAGUGGCACGAGCCUAACAAUCAGUGGGCUUUCCCCCACCAGCGCAAGCACGGCGGCUGGUGGAAGUGCCGCUCCGGUCCGGACGCCCCGCAGGCGGAAGCUAGGUGUCGGUUUUGCCACUACCACGACUUCAAGACUGAUACUCCCGAGCCGCCGCCGUCGCCGAGCAAGCGCAGCGCAAGAGAGCAGCUCGCUGAGCUUCAGGGCGCUAUAGACGAGGCGAUGGCUGUGGUUGGCGAGAGGGAUAAAGCGGUCGCUUUGGGGAUGCUGCGUGGAGGAAACACGGGUUCGUAAUGGUGGAUAGAGCUGCGUGAUUACGUGACGGGUUUUCUCGUCGUGGACGUGU